AUGGCCAAGUUUGUCGAGGUACGUGAGAUGGGUGAGAGCUACGGUGUCGGUACGUUCGCCAUGAAGUCGUUUUGCGCCGGUGAUGUCGUGCUGGAGGAGAUGCCUCUCGUCUUCGCUCAGUCACUUGCCUCCCAGCGAGGACCAGCGGGAGUGCGUUGCUGCAGGGGCUGUGGGAUGAUCCUUGCUACUCUUGCGGUGGAGUGUGAGCGUCUGGCGCGUCUCGCCCACGCGGCGGUGCAGGAACGGCACUGCGUGGAAGCCGAACGUGCCGUUGGUGCCACUAAGAAUCUGCUGAAGGUUACGGGUGACACAAGCCACGGGGGGUGUAACGAGGGAGAGGUAGCGGAGAUUAUUUGCUCCCCGUACGCCCUGCAAGAAACACUGAAGGAGUUUGCAGCUUCUGACUUCUUCUGCCGCGGGGUAUUAAUCGAUGAUGAUGACGAUGAUGAAGGUGGCGACAGCGACGAUGAUAAGGCGGAGGAGUCGUCUGAAAGGAGGGCGCCGCGUGGGGCGCGAUUUUGUUCACAGUUGUGCAAACAUCGAUACUUGCACGAGAUGGGCGGGAGGUUCCUGUCGGCUGCAUCAACAGCUGUGCUACAGGCAGCAGUUGCGCCAGCGGCAAACACGACGCUGCCGCCCCAUAGCCUGCAGAAGCCCUCUGCCAAUACGAUCAUGUGUCUUGCUGCCGCUUUGGAUGCGGCAGCGGUGGAGGCGGCGUGGCCCAGCAAAGCCCACGUCUUGGCGACACUGGAGUACUUGGCGGAUAGCUUUAACGAGCGACUUUGUCUUAUUUUGUCACUCCUCGCUCGAUGCCUGAAUGACACCUUGCAAGAUGCAUCCAUUUCUGCGGAGCAGCUUCAGAGUCGGUUUGCUGCGAGGGUGCAGGAUUUUGUGAUGAGGUUCGCGGAGGGUGCAGCACGUCCCCUGACGGAGCAGCAGCGUGCGUUUCUGCGCUUCUCUUGGAAAUGCGUCUCUCGCUGGCUGGAUCUUUGCUGCCUCGAAGCGACGGGGGUGGCGGGCGCGCCAGCGCCUUUCCAGUGGUUGCCUCUCCAGUUGUAUCUGCGGUGCUUUUGGUUGACAGACGCCAACGUGCACAUGUUUGUUGUCCUCUCCCCGCUGUACAGCCUCCUUUGCCAGCAGCUUCCGACGCUGCAGGCGAUAUGUCGGCGGGGCGGCGACGCCGGAGAACCGUCGUUGAUGCGUUUGGGUCGACAAAUGGGUGCUCUGCGGGAGUUGUUUUGCGUCGUGGAGCCGGCCUCCGCACAUGCCACGGGCGUUGCCUUGUACGACGCCGCGACGAAGCUCAACCACAGUUGUGUGCCCUCCGCGCGGUUUGUUCCAACGCACGGCAGGGUGCGGGCGGUAGUGGUGGCGCUGCGAGACAUUGAGCGGGGCGAGGAGAUACGCUCCUCCUACGUUGACCUGAGCGUACACACGUCAGGGGCGGAGCGACGGGCGUACCUGCUGUCCUACUACGGCUUCUCCUGCGACUGCCCGCGUUGUCGUCACACAUGA